AAAUACAUAAUGCGUUUGUUAUUUAUUUAAAAAAAAAAGAGGAAGGCGUAAAAAAUGACCACACCCGCACUCACACCACGGUCACGUAAUAAGCUGACGUGAAAGAGGUCGCACGGUCGUUCAUUUAUUAUUAUUAUAUUCCAAAAAAAAGCAUUUUCCGGUGAAACUUAGCGCUAGCAUUAGCUAGCUUGCUAACGUAAAAAAGAAAAAGAGAAAGCGGCCACGGGAGACAUGAAGCGUGCGGGGAGGAGACGGAGCUCCGUGUGGGACUGCUUCGAACAAGUGGGCAACUUCGUCCGCUGUAUGAAAUGUGACGCCAUGCUCAAGUACUGCGGCGGAGCCACUAGCUCCAUGAUGCAUCACAUGAGCAGGCACCAUCCGUCCGCGGCGCCGCUGGACGAGGACGAGAAGCCGCUGGUGUGCGCCGUUCAGUGCCUGGAGGAGGAGAGCGCCGCGCACGCCGACAUCAUGCAGGUGGCCGUCAUGUCUCCCAGCGUGAGCGUGACGAGCAACCCGCACGAGCGCGACUAUGGCGAGAGGAAGCGCUUGAAGCGCAGCUCCGUGUGGGACAUCUUCAUCAAAGUGGACGACGAAGUCCACUGCACUCUGUGCGACACCAAGCUCAAGUACAGGAGCAGCACCACAAGCAUGAUGUACCACAUCAAAAACAAGCACCCAGACACCAUGCCCAACGACGGCGUGUCCCUGGCAACACAUGCUGAGGUGACUGAACUGAUCUCCAGGAUGGUGGAGAAGGACAUGCUUCCCAUCAGCGUAGUUAAUGGUGAAGGCUUCCGUGAGCUUCUGGCAUUCACAGUGCACAAUUACAAAAUGCCCUCUGUGGGUGAUAUCACGCGCCUCAUUGAAGGCCACUUCCACGAGAAGGUGGAGGAGCUGGUGGUGCAGCUGAGCAGAGUGGAGAAAGUGGCUCUCACUGCUGAGUUCUGGACCGCCUUGCCAUUUCAACGGUACAUCACUGUUUCCUGCUCGUUCAUCACAGACGACUGGCAGGGCAGGUCAGCUGUGCUGCAGACGCACAAGCUCUCGACAGACAGUCAACCUACUGCGGACGGCGUCACAGAGAGGCUUCUCGGCACUGUGAGGACGUGGGGUGUCACUGGGAAAGUGACUGCAUGUGUUCAUAAUGACACACAGGACAUUGUCUCGGGCCACGCACGUGCCCGGGUCACAUGGGACUAUGCCACUUGCUUUGCCACAACACUGCAGCGUGCGGUCAGUGAUGGCCUGAGCGAGGAUUUAGUCCGCAUCAUUAUCGCUGCCGGGAAACUGGCCAAGCAUUUCAGUCACAACAUGCUGGCGAGUCAGGCCCUGGAGCAGAAACAGGUUCAGAUGUGUCUGCCACAGCACAAACUCAUCCAGUCGAGCAAAGCCAGGUGGGACACCAUCUGCGACAUGUUUGAGCGGUUACUCGAGCAAAGGUGGGCGAUAAAAGCCGUGCUCUCUGACCGCACGGUCACCAACAAACAGGAAGCCCAGACCCUCGAGAUUGAAGACGACUGCUGGCAAAUCAUUGAGAAUUUUACACCUGUGCUGGCGACGCUGAAGUGGGCCACAACUGUCAUAUCCGCUGAGACAGAGGUGUCCAUUUCAAACAUCUACCCAAUCACGUUCAGCCUCAUUCAGACUCACCUUGUACCAAAAGAGAACGACGUUGAACAAGUCUCGGAGUUCAAGCUCAAAGUUCAGACGUCUCUUAGAAGAUACAUGGAGGUGGACUCUCAUGACCUGUCCUCCAAACCAGCUCUGAUCGCCUCGAUGCUGGACCCUCGUCACAAACACCUCAGCUUCCUGACACCCACGGGGAGGUUGGCGGCGAAGGUUAAGCUGCAUGAACUUGUUUCAAAGUUAGAUGUGAUCACGACUAUCGUGGGCGCCAAGGACGAACAACACGAGACCCUGAUUACACCUGAUAUCAGCCAGGUGGCUAUGCCCUCACAAGGGAGAAGUGACACCAAAAACACUAUGAUGCUGCUCCUCGGAGACAACUACAGCUCCUCCUAUGCCACAGACUCUGAGGCUCAGGUCGAUUACUACCUGAGAGACAUUGCUCCAUCACUGGACAUAAACCCUCUUGACUGGUGGAAGGUAAAUGGACCAAGAUUCCCCAAACUAGCCACUCUGGCCAGACACUAUCUGUGUGUACCUGGAGUGUCAAGGCAGUCUUUAUUGUCCGAGGCCGGACAAGCGUUUGCAACAAUGCGUACGAGACUGAACCCAGAGCAUGUUGACAUGAUGAUCUUUGUCAACAGGAAUGUGUAACUUAAAGAGGUCUUCAAUCAUCAAAUACCCAACAGUGUAUUAAAAGUUUGGAGUAGAUGCCAUUAUACUCAUCUACAGUUCAUGGAAUCAUCUGUAAAAUAUCAUAACAUCUCUGUUACAAUGACAGCAAACCGAUCAUCUGUAUUAUUAACACAGCUAGUAACUCGCUCAACUAAAACACUGUAUCAUUAUCAGUAUUAAUGUGAUGACUGUCUCUCAGUAUGAUGUGCCAAGAUAUGACAAUACAUACAGCUGCA